AGAGGGAGGGAGGGAGAGAGAAAAGGUGCUGUUUACAGUGCAAUAUACAGCCAAACGAGAAAGAACUUGUUUGGAAGAGUGGUGUCAUUCCUUUCGGAGACCUGGAGGAGGAUCUGGAAAAGAGAAGUUAAAACACUCUUACUCAGAACACAGUUGGGAGACAAGAACAAAAACUAAAAAAAGAGGAAAUUCUAACCAACAGCUGUUUCAACAAGACGAGCGCAUAAAAUGGACAACGGUAGCAGCAAGCCAUUUAUGGUGACCUCCUCGCUCAACUUCAAAGUCACCACCCCCUCCUUCUACAACCAGCCAAAGAAGUUCGCCUCCGUAGCACCUCCGCGAGCCAAGAGCCAGACGCCCCCCUCGGCCCCGUCGCCGACCCCAGCCAGCACCGCGGUGAUCGGGCGAGUGGGAGACCUGCCUCCUCCUCCACCGACAAUAUGUGACGACUUCCCACCUCCACCCCCUCCUCCACCCGCCGAUGACGACCUGCCGGCCCCUCCCCCUGAGUGUCACCUGUCGUUGUCGAGUGAUGCUCCGGCCUUCCCCGCCCCUCCCCCCGUGGUGGACGAUCUGCCGCCUCCCGCUGAUGACGACCUGCCUCCUCCUGCUCCGUUUGUGGGCAGUUUACCUCCCGCCUGCCCCUCGCCGCCUCCUCCUCCACCUCCUCCACCUCUCCCAGCCUCCAACACCACCGUGCCAAGCAAUGUAGUGACCCCAGCGAGAACAGUAGAGAAACAGACAAGCUUCGAUAAGCAGCUGGACUCUCUGACCGGGCUGUUGUCUGAAAUGGAGACGAGGGGACCCUUCAACCCGAGGUUACCAGCUCAGUAUUCAUCAGCUCCGGCCCCUAAACCCUCCGCUCCACCUCCCACCGCUCCCAAACCCGUGCUCUCCUUCCUCCCUCCUCCAGAGAUGGGCGACCGACCUCCUCCUGCGCCGUGGGCCGAAGAACUUAAAGCCAGGACGACCAACCGCCAAGGCAACGCUCCACCUGUAGUUCCCAAAACGGCCUACGGGGGCAAACCUUCAACUUCAGCCGCCUCCUUAGCACAAAAACUGAACCAGAGUUUAAACCAGAACAGCGGGGCGAUCAGCAGUCCUCCGAAAGCGAGUCCAUCACCAGCUUCCAGCGCGUUCCCUCCUCCCCCCGCAGCUCCACCCGCAGCUCCUCCUCCCGCUGCUCCUCCUGUGGCUCCACCAGCGCCCGCAAGUCCUUUCAACAAAAACAAUGCCACUACCGCCCCCUCCAAUCACAGUAGACCAUCUCCAUUUGGUAUUCAGCUCAACGCAAACCAAAACACAGCAGCUCCUCCCUCUAGCGCUCCUCCAACCAAGACAGCGACGCCUCCAUCCGCCUCCUUCAACCAGCCAAUGAAAAGUCCCCCUUCAUCAACGCCCUCUGGCCCGGGUCACGUUGGUGGAGCUCCUCUGAACAUGAGGGAGGUGGAGGAGCUGGAGAAGAUGACUCAGGACUUUAUGAAAAACAUGGACGCGCACGCUCCGGUCAUCACCUCCCCUCCUACAGAGGUUUGUGGUAAAUGCGGCGAUGCCUUGUCCCGCACACAGCCGGCAGUGAGGGCCAUGGAUAAACUCUUUCAUUCCAACUGCUUCUGCUGCAUGAGCUGCCAUCGCCCCCUGCAGGGCAUGCAGUUCUACGACAGGGAUGGCUCCCCUGAGUGUGAAGACUGCUACAUGAACUCUCUGGCCAUUUGCUCCAGAUGUGGGGAGAGGAUCACAGACCGUGUGCUCAAAGCUGUGGGACAGUGUUUCCAUGCCCACUGUUUCCGCUGCAGCACCUGCUCCUGCGUCCUGGAGGGGGCGCCGUUCAUCACUGACGACAACAACAACCCGUACUGUGUUCAGGACUACCACAGGCGUUUCUCUCCUCUGUGCGUGAGCUGCAAUGAGCCCAUUAUUCCAGCUCCCGGCAGCGAGGAGACAGUCCGAGUGGUGGCUCUCGAUAAAAACUUUCAUCUGAAGUGUUACCGGUGUGAGGACUGCGCUCGCCCGCUUUCCAUUGAGGCUGAUGAAAAUGGCUGCUAUCCCCUGGACGGAAAGAUCCUGUGUAUGAAGUGCCACACCCAGCGAGCCAAGCGAGCGGCGUAGAGGGGUCAUGGAGGGGUCAUCGUCGGGGUCAUCGUCGCCCCUCUGAAACUCUGAACCAAAUCAGAUCUGCCUUUACCCAGUGAGAGCACAGGGAGCGAGUGGCUGAAUGAGAGGAUGCAUGCUGAUUUUACUGUAGUAUUUCCCUGUCCCACUUCAGCGCAGAGGUAAUGUACUGCACUGACCUGGUGUCCGUUUGUGAAAAUGUCAAAAAACUCUGAUUAAAGACCUACUGCGGAGCGUUCCAACUCGUAAUUUUUGACUUUCUUUAAAAAACAAUCAUCGAGCGCUUGCAAUUUCCUCAGUAUUUUCAAAAGCCAAAUGUAUUUUCGUACAAUGUUACUCCAUCGUUUUCAUUGCAAAUAAACUACGCAAAUAGCACAAGUAAUUACAGAUGUUUUUGUUACUCAUUUCCACAGACCUGACUCAUAAACUGGCCUGCUUUUCUCCAUGGAGAUGUUGCUGCUUUGGCCUGUUUGUUCUACUCAUUCAUGCACCGAAACACACCUUGCUCAUAUUUUAAUAAUCUGCAAAAAUAACAUUGUCUCCGAGUAGUUUAAUAUCAGUAUUUAUGUAUCUGUGAACGUUUUAGCUUGUUACAAAACCUGGAAAGUCCCGCAGUACGGCUUUAACUGCCAGAUGGUUUCUCCUGUGCCAAUUGUACGUUUACUCUAAAAAGCAUAACUUGCACAAAAAGGUUUGAUCUAAAGAACACUCCUGUAAUAAAAGUUGCCUUUGUUAUCGUCGCGUCGGUGUGUCGGCUUAGCUUGGCGUAGCGGACAAAAAAAAAAAAAAAAAAAAACGUCUUUAGGGCUUUAACUGCUCUGCAAAAUCAGUGUAAAUUUACGAAUGUCGCUGUUUUUUCUGUGAUGUGAAGAGGGUUAGAAAGGCAAAACCAGCGUAGUUUUUCUGCUGAGAACAAAAGUAAAGGGGACAUAUUAUGCAGAUUUGACUUUUAUGAGGUUUUAACCAUGUUCUAAGAGUAUUCCCUCGUCGUUAGCUUGCUUAGAGUUGUGUUUGAUUGAUUCGUGCAUGUUUGAGAGAUGCUGUAUUGUCCCGCGUUUGGGUUUUGGUCAAAAAAAUUAAUCAGUUUUCUCCUUUCCCUUGUCCUCACCCAUUUCUUACUUGUGAUUAUACAAAAAUUCAAAGCAUGGGUCAUAAAUGUGGGGCUAAAAUAACAAUACUUCAAUGAAAAUCUGCUUUUUGCUCUUGUUCAAAACUGCAGAACUGAUGGCAUUUCACAAGAAGUCGAUAAUUUGACCCAUUUCCGUUAUUAAAGGCCCCGUAUUACGCUAUUUUCUGACCUAUAUUUCUGUUAUAAUGUUGUUUAAACACCUGGAGUUACGUUUGUUUAACACACAAACCCUGCACAUUUAGGCUGAAUUCACUCUGUUCCACUGCGUUUUUAAACUCCAUGCAUUAAUUUGGAUGAUUUCACACCUGGAAUUACCAAUCUAAACUUGAACUAAAGGUAAAAGGAGCUGUUAAUGUGAAAACUAUCAUAACAUCACAAGGUGGAACAGAGCAUUUCGACCUAAUAACGCAGGAUUACUCAAACGUGUGUGGAUGAAACAAAAAAAAAAGUAACUCCAACCUCCUGUUUUUGAGGCGGUAACAGCAUUAAAACAUGACUUAAAUCUCACAAGAGUCAAUUUUGCGUAAUAUAGGACCUUAAAGCUUCAAGUUUUAGAUCAAUAUCGCUGUUUACAAUCAACAAAAUGAACAAAAACAUUAACAAAACGCUGAAUGAUGAUCUACACGUGUUAUAGUUUAGCUCAGAAUACUUGAGAAAAACGCAUAAAAUGUCUCCUUUUUACAGAAUAAAUAUGUGAAACAGAACUCACAUGUUUAACCGAGAUGCAUGGUGAUACAAGAACAACAAAAUAUACAAACGAAAGCACAGAUUUUCUAAA